AUGAGGUGUAUGUUGGUUAAAGUGGAUUUUGAAAAAACUUACGAUUGUGUUUGGUGGGAUUUUCUUAGAAGCAUGUUACGAAGGAUGGAUUUUGGAGCUAGGUGGUGUGGUUGGUUAGAAGCAUUGGUGUUUAGUAGUUCGAUGUUCGUUCUAGUUAAUGAGAGUCCUAUGAUGGAUUUCAAAGUUACAAGAGGCCUUAAACAAGGGGAUCCUCUUUCAUGUUUUCGGUUGCGGAUAGCUUUGUCGGUUUAUUACAUCAAGUGGUUUCUUUGGGGGAAUUUGAAGGCGGCCGUUUCUUUCUUGUCUUGUGGUUUUUGCUUGAUCCCUUUUGUGUUUUUUGGUAUUCCAAUAAGGGUUAAUCAUAGAAGAAAAGAGGCUUGGGCACCUAUUGUUGGAAAGUUGAAAAGAAGGUUAGCGGUGUGGCAUAAUAGAUUUCUAUCUAUUAGAGGUAGAUUGGUCUUGUUAAAUUCUGUUUUAUCUAAUAUUUCAAUCUUCUUCUUCUCUUUCUAUAAGGCUACCAAGGUAGUUAUUAAUGACAUAAUUAAGAUUCAAAGAUCUUUUUUUUUUGUGAGGAGGGGUCAUGAAGUGAGGAAGAAAUGGAGGAUCUUAAAUGAUGAACCUUCCUCGUGGGCCGAUUUGCUUGUGUCUCGUUAUGGAGAUGUUAAGAGUGCGGAGUUGGGGGAGUUCGAAAUCUUUUAA